AUGGCACAAAGCCAAGCAAGGAUUGAGAUUGAGGAUGAAGAAUUGUUCAACGCCGAAGCUGAACUUGUAAACUCAUUUAUGCAAUCUGUGCACCAUGACGAAUCUAGCCAUCAUGGUUCUGUCACGGGGCGUUCAUAUAUGCAGCGUGAUAGAGAAAAGUGUCAUGACCGAAUGAUGAAAGAUAAUUUCAUCGAGUGUCCAAGAUUUCCUGCUCAUGAUUUUCGGAGGCAAUUUCGGAUGAGGAAAGAGCUUUUUGAAAGCAUCUUGAACGCAGUUGUCAAUGAUAACUACUACUUUGCAAGGAGUCUAGAUGCCGCAGGCCGACAAGAAAGUACUGCUAUUGAGAACCUGAAACGCUUCUGUAAGGCAAUUGAAAGCAUAUAUGGAACCACAUACCUCCGUAAGCCAAAUCGUGAAGACUUGAAGAAGCUUCUACGCAAGGUAGACAAAAGAGGCUUCCCUGGAAUGAUAGGAAGUCUCGAUUGUAUGCAUUGGGAGUGGAAGAAUUGUCCUACUGGUUGGGCUGGCCAAUUCAAGGGUCGUCAUAACAAACCAACCACCGUGCUCGAGGUUGUGGCGUCUUUUGACACAUGGAUUUGGCAUGCUUUCUUCGGCGCUACUGGAUCAAACAACGAUAUCAAAGUUCUUUGGUUUUCUCCUCUGUUCGAUAAUGUUGUCAAUGGAUAG